AUGUGUGACAUAGUCGAUCCGUAUGAACUAUCACCUCAUGAAAUUACUCGUGCUAAUUGGCGAGAGUUUCUUGGUAAUAAACAAUAUUGUAAGGCCUACAAAGAUUUCUUCGAGCAAGAGCUGACUGCAAAUGGAAACAAUUGGCGAAAGAAAUUCUUGGACUUAUUGCUAGAAGAUAAGGUGAAGCCGAUGAUCAACGGUGUUGUUUGUGAUUUGUUACAUCCUUUGAUACAUAUUGGUUAUGCAUUCGAAUUAAACAGUCCAAUAGUAGCUAUUGAAGCGCUGGCACAAACUGCUGUGUGCUAUAAUCCACUCCACGAAGUCAUCGAUAACUUGAAACCACCUAAAUCGGGUUCAAAAUCGGCUUUGAAAGUGUUUCAAGACAUUCGCUCUGAUGAUCGAUUAUUCGUUGCUGAUGCAGCAUCAAUAAUCGAUAAUAUAAAGCUUGUUAUGGAAAACUUGAAUGAUCUUGUCCUUUAUCAUUAUGAUCAAUGGAAGAUGGAUGAAAACAAUUUUGCUCAUGGUCGACCUGAAAUUAAUAUAAAACUCAUUGACGAUUAUCAUAUUGACGAUGUCAAAAACAGUUGGGAUUAUGUAAUCGAUCGAACAUUAAAUUCAAGUUUAGCCGAAAUCACGCAUCUGGUAAAAGUAGUGCAUUUGUUGAGAGCUGCAGAGGCUGCUUAUGGUGCUAAAGAUGGACUUUAUUUGAAAACGGCUGUGAAAACUGUUGACAAUGUUCAUGUAGAUGAUCCGUGGGUCGGAGCAUAA